AUGCGGUUCGGCAUCAUCGGAGCACCGGAGCCCCACAUCGGAACGCCGCCUCCUAUCCGCCGCCUUCGGCCGAUUUGGGAUGGUGUGUUCCUACCGAGGAGUGCCGAGGAGUGCCGCCAGGUCGCUCGUUUCCUCAAGCCCGAUGGACGAGGUCAUCCCGUCGCCUACCUCUAUCUCCGGCUACCGUUGUUGCACCAGGGGAUGGAAAACAAAGACUUCGAACUACGCCGGCCCAAACACGCUAUCACGUUCGCUGCACUCCAAAUCUUGUACGACCUGGCUUUCGACAAGCUACCUAGUGGAGCAGUCGGCGAACGAACUUUUGUCAGCACACUCAAAGUCGUCGCCUUGCUCCUCGAUGGUCCUUCUACAGGACUUUCCUUCCUGCGUCUGCGCACGUCCGGCGAACCAUACCAGGCUUACGAGAUGCACAAGCUCGCGCAAGAGGCUACGCAGUGGCAUGCGCUGUGCCAACCUUCGUCACACUACAGCGCAAGCCAGCCAAAGAAAGUGGUGAUGGAAAUGUCUGUGGAUUGUAAUGUUCAAGGGGGAAAGGAGGGAUUGCUGGCAUACGGAGAAGACAAGGACAACCGAGAUGCUGAGGAGGCUCUAAAGUACGCAACCAAGAGUCGUCUCGGCGCUGCACCAGAACUAGACGGGGAGCUUCAAAUACUUAACGAGAGGUCCUUGACUUCUGCAACUGAGAGUGGAGAGACGCACGAGCCGCUGUCGGAAAAAGCACACCGCACUGACAGCCUGCGCUUCGUGGAGGCUUCUGCAUGGAGAUCCUUCCUGCCUGGCUCCGAGCAGCAUCUUGAGAUUGCCAACGGCGAGUCCCCAAUCAACGCUGUCGCCUUCUCGCCGGACGGCCGGCUGAUCGUGUCGGGCUCUGACGACAAGACGGCCCGCCUAUGGGAUGCGGCUACGGGGGCCGAGCGUCAGCCAAUAGGGGCAGUGGACCGGACCCACCACGGACGCAGCCAGCUGCGUCCGUGGCGGGUCCGGUCUUGGCGCCAACGAGCACUGUCACCGUUUUCACAGAACGCCGAGAGUCAAUUCCGACGCGGACUCCGGCAUCGUGCGAGCGACACGGGACUCAAUUGCUAGGGGCCUAUGGCGAGCAUUGGGUGAGGCGUCUGGCAUCGGAUAGUCCUCAUCUACGCUGGAAUGAAG